AUGUCCCUAAGGUUGAUCUAUCUUUCCCCCAUCAUUUCCCCUUCAAUUUCAUCCGAUUUCGUGCAAAUCCGACGAUUUUCGGUCCGCCCGUGGUCAAAAUCGACGAACAGCUCGAGCUGUUCUUGGCGGCCGGCACUGCCGGGCAGUGCACAGUGGCACUGCCGCUCGACCGGCACUGCCGGUUGGACGUGGCCGGCACUGCCGCCAGCCGUCGUCUUCUCCCUGCUCACCACGCCGCCGCCUCGCCUCGCUCCUUCCGUUUGGCCCGGCCGCUUCCGCCCGCAGAGCAGCCAGCUACCGAGACGCGCCCGACCGCCACACCUCGUCACCGGGCACGCGCGCGCCACCAGCAACCAGGCCCCGCCGCAUCCGCCCGCUCAGCGCCCCGGCGCGCGCGCCGCACAAGCAGCACCACGCGCCUGCCUCGCCCGCCCUGCGCCAACCUCGCCGCCUCCACAGCGCGCUCGAGCAGCCCCACCGCUCGCCCGCAUCCACCCGCCCCAAUCGCCACGCGCGCCGCACCACCUCGCGCCCGCCCGCGCAGCGCUCAAGCCGCCCAGCCGCCGAUCGCCCACGCCACGCCUGGCCCUCCACCCGCUCGGCCUUGACCACCAGCAGCGCCCAGGCUCCACCCGACUCCAGCGCUACACGCAACAGCAGCAGCUCCGCUUCCGCCCGGCAGUGCCGCUCGACCAACCCCGGCAGUGCCGCUGA